AUGGCAAUGGCUACAACCAGUAGAUGGAGCAUUGUGCGCAGCAUUGAGAAAAUUGUAGAGAUUGAUGCUCAUAUAGGUUGUGCCAUGAGUGGGUUAAUUGCUGAUGCAAAUUUGAUUGAUAAAGCCAGAGUGGAGACACAGAACCACUGGUUCACCUACAAUGAGCCGAUCAUGGAGAGUGUGACCCAGGCUAUUUCCAACCUGGCUUUGCAGUUUGGGGAAGAGGAUGCAGAUCCUGGUGCCAUGUCUCAUCCAUUUGGAGUCGCACUAUUGUUUGGAGGAGUUGAUGAAAAAGGACCACAGCUGUUUCAUAUGGACCCUUCAGGAACCUUUGUACAGUGUGAUGCUCCAGCAAUUGGCUCUGCUUCAGAAGGUGCCCAGAGCUUCUUGCAGGGAGUUUAUCAACAGGCUAUGACCCUGAAAGAAGCAAUCAAGUUAUCACUCAUAAUUCUCAAGCAAGUGAUGGAGGAAAAGCUUAAUGCAACUAACAUAAAGCUGGCCACAGUGGAACCUGGCCUGAAAUUCCAUAUAUUCACAAAGGAGGAGCUUGGAGAGGUUAUCAAGGAUAUUUGA